AUGAUUUUAUACAGGUAGCAUUUCCAUAAAUUUCCAGAAGGUCAUCUUAAAGAAUACAAAACUUAAGCUAAGAUAAGGGAAAUCUUACUCAGCAUUGGAUGCUAGAAUGAAUGGAUUAAUGAUUGUGCAGGGACAGGCCUUGUUGUCAAUCUUAGAGGUUAAGGUGAACCAGAUGAAGAUAAAUAAAGAAUUAUUGCUUUGAGAGCAGACAUUGAUGGCUUAAAAAUGCAAGAGAAUAACGACUUGGAAUAUAAGUCAUAAACAGAAUACGCGCAUAUGUGUGGGCAUGAUGGUCACAUUUCAAUGUUAUUGGCUGCAGCAUCAAUAUUCAUUCAAAAUCUGAACAAAAUUUCUCAAAACAUGAUGAUUAGAUUAUUGUUUUAACCUGCUGAGGAAGGGCCUGGAGGGGCUUUGCCAAUGAUAAAUGAUGGAUGCUUAGAAGGAGUUGAUGAAAUAUUUGGAUUACACAAUAGACCCAUAUAUUUGCCUGGCUUGAUUAGAGUAAAAUCAGGUGCAGUAAUGGCUUCUAGCACUAUAGUGGAAAUAAAAGUACGAGGUGUAAGUGGUCACGGUUCCUAACCUCACAUGAUCUAAGAUGCAAUAAGUGCUUCUGCUGCAAUUUUAUGUUAAUUACAUGCUAUUAAGUCAAGAUUGAUUGAGUCAAAGCAUAACGUAGUGCUUAGUAUAACUUAGUUUACAGGUGGAUUUGCAGACAGUGUAUUUCCUGAUUCUUGUUAUCUUUAAGGCACUAUCAGAACGUUUGAUUCUCAAAUAUUAAAAGAUUUAGAAGACAAAAUAAUUAAGGUUGCUUAAACUACAGCCAUUUCAAUGGGAUGCACAGCUGAAGUAAAAUUUGUUGAGAGAUACCCUCCAUUAAUUAAUCAUCCAGAUUAGGCAAAAUUUAUUGAAAAUUUAACUGCAAAUGCAUUUGGAGCAGAAUUUGUGGGAGAGCAGGGAUUACCUGUUUCUGGAGCAGAAGACUUUUCAUUUUACUUGCAUCAUAAGCCAGGAUGUUUCUUUUUCUUGCUUACUUAUGAUUUCAACUUCCCUAAUAGAGCUCUUCAUCAAUCAAAUUUUGACUUUAACGAUAACUUAUUGGCAACUGGAGCAUAUAUCUGGGUAAAAAUAAUAGAAGAAAAAUUUAAUUGCAAGCUCUUGACCGAAUGA